UAAAUCUGUGUUGUAUCAGUGUCUCAAAUUUGUGACUUGUGAAACUUGUAAAACACAUUUCACAAGUGAAUGCAGAGCGAUUUGUAUCCGCAAACACAAUUCACAAUGAAUGCAGAGCGAUUUGUAUCCGCAAAUGCGUGUCUGUGUCCGUGCGUCUAAUUUAUAACUCGUGUUUCAUCAUUUGUGAAUGAACUUAGUAUUUUUCAAUGUAAAUAUGUGUAAAUCUCCUAUUUGUGGGUACUUUCGAUCCCAGUGCUCUCCAGUAGAUGGCGGUAAUGCAACACUUAUGGAUGCCAAUUGCUGUUAAACUACAUGUUUCAGAGACUGUUGGCAGAAUCUACUCUAAUUCUGCUUACUCCGGAUCUGACUGAUCAGAUGCUGUCCUAAACACCUGUUUGAUGAGGUUUAUCUGGACCCACAAGACUCCUCACAGUAUAAAGGUCGUCAAUGAAAUCUAUCCAAUUUGGACGUAUUCCUACCUGGUGUUGCUGUUCCCCAUCUUCCUAGCCACUGACUACCUCUGUUAUAAGCCUGUAUUGGUCCUGCAGGCCAUAAGCUUAGUAGUUACCUAUGUUAUGUUGCUAAAGACACAGGGCAUGCUGACAAUGCAACUCCUGGAAUGUUUCUUUGGGCUGGCCACGGCCUCGGAGGUGGCCUACUACUCCUACAUCUACAGCAUCGUGGAGCCGGCACACUACCAGAGAGUGACGGGUUACUGCCGCAGCAUCGCUCUGUUUGGAUCAGCUGCUGGAUCUCUGAUUGGUCAGCUCCUGCUCUCUGUGGCCAGAGUUCAGCUGGUCCACCUUGUCAUCAUCACUCUGACGUCAGCCGCUGUGGCCUGUGUUGCUCCCUGGUUUCUACCCAUGCCCAAGAGGAGCUUGUUCUUCCACAAGAGUCCAGGACCAGCAGAGGAAAAGCCAGGCAGCAGCACAGCACUGUUGGAAAAGGCUGGGGAUUCAGAGAGUGAAUUGCCUCUAAACAGCCAGGAUGUCUACACAAUGUCCAGGUCCUUUAACACAGGAAGCCAUAACAGUGGUCUUGUGGAGGUGUUACGGAUACUGUUUGAUGACUUCCUGCAGUGCUACAGGUAUCAGCCCCUGCUUGCAUGGUCGCUGUGGUGGGCACUGGCCACGUGCGGCUACUUCCAGGUCAUCAACUACGCUCAAGCAUUAUGGGAGAACGUUCGUCCAUCCCAGGACUAUGAAAUCUACAAUGGCUACGUAGAGACACUGUCCACAGUGCUAGGGGCUCUGGCAGCUCUGCUGGUGGGCUACCUGCCUGUAUGCUGGGCUCUGUGGGGUGAGCUGGCUCUGUGUGCCCUCUCCCUGCUGAUGGCUGUGUGUGUGUUUGUCAUGGACACACUGAGGAACAUCUGGCUAUGUUACAGCUCAUACGUCCUCUUCAGAGCCACAUACAUGUUGCUCAUUACUGUGGCUACAUAUCAGAUUGCAGCUAGUCUCAAUAUGCAUCGCUAUGCCUUGGUGUUUGGAGUAAACACCUUUGUGGCUCUGCUGCUGCAGUCUCUCCUCACUGUGGUGGUGGUGGACUCAGCUGGCCUCGGGCUCAACAUUUUCACUCAGUACCUCAUCUAUGGCGGUUACUUUGCUGUAAUUUCAAUGGUCUUUCUCCUUGCUGGGCUUUGCAAAUUGGCCUACAGGAGACGCUCCAAACAAGAGGAGGAGGGCCUGGCCAACAGCCAAGCUUAAAGAGUCAGACUCUCCUCCAAUCAGAUGCAAAUAGGACAUACAUUAUAUUGAUAGAUCUUGUUUAGCUUCUCACAUACUAAGCACCAUAGGUGAGCUUCUCUAAUCUCUUUAACCGCAUAGUUGUUUUCAUUGUAUUGUUCUGUAUAAUGACUGCAGGCUACUCUCUGUGGCUUUGCCUACACUUAUUAAAACAUUAUUUGUCACAUAUUUGUCCAUUGCCCAGCUUAUUGAAUUGGUGCAAUAGACUUGAUGUGAAAAAAUUUUUUGCAAAAAUUUGUGUAUGUUUUCACAUAUGUUUUCACAUGAGAAAUAUUGAUUGAUUGACUGAUUGAUUUAAAAGCUAAAUAAAAACUAACAAUGGUACCUUAAUAGUACUACUACUUACAGUACAGGCCAAAAGUUUGGACACACCUCCUCAUUCAAUGUGUUUCCU